AUGGCAAGUUCAUUCAUGGAAAGAUUCUGCUUUAAUGUGGAAAAUGUGCCUGAUCGCUUCUCAUUGGAGAAAAUUCGUCAGAAAUCGACUGAAACCUACCGAGAAUAUGCCAGUCGCUGGAGAGAAUUAGCGGCGCAUUUAGUUGUCGUUGGGGAAGAUAUCGAAGAUGGCCUCAAGACCGGCAGGAUUGUUAGUGUAUUAAAUAGAGCAGGUACGUUUGGCGCCGUAGGUGGCAAAAAUAAAAGAGAAGAUAUAGCAUAUAUUUCUAGAACUACUAGCUCGAAAAGCCGAGGAAAAGAGAUAACCCACAAAAAUCCGGAUAACUACCAAUCACCUCCACCAGCCAACUAUAUAAUCACUUCGCCCCAAUAUAGCCCGAUGUCUGUGUGCUACGCACAACCCGGAUACCAAGCUCUACAACCAAACUAUCAAAUACUAGCACUAAGCAACCGAGCUCGACAACCAAAUUAUCGAAUUCCAGCACCCAAUAACCAAGCUCCACAAAACCAGACUUUCCAAAACCAGCCUCCGCCAGCAAACUACGCGGCACCUCAAAAGAAACCUAUGAGAGCAUUCACUCCUUUGCUAGAAUCAAGGACAAGUUUAUUUGCCAAGCUAAGAGACACCGGGCGAAUGAGCAUUGUUCCACCAAAACCUGCUAAUCCCAGGAUCGAUGAACCAACACCUCCAAAUGUGGACACAAAUCCGCUCUCAAAGCAUGGAGGGAAUCAAAUUCACAUGAUAGAAAGAGGUGAUGAAUGGGAAGAGAGCCCUACGAUAAUUCAUCCAGAUAUUGAAGGGUUAGAAAGCACCGUCGCCUCGUUGUCUUUACAAGAGCGAAAAGAAGUGUUAAGCCCUCCGACAAAGAAAUCUGAGGCAUCUACUGUGGCCAAAAGAGAGCCUUUCGUGCUCAAAUAUCCCUCAACAGUCGCUCGAAUUCAUAACGAGCCAUUCAUACUCAAAACAUCAGGACCAGUUGAGAAUGCACCCUUUGUGAUCAAAACGCCGCACCAGAUGAUGAUCAAUAAAGAAAAAGAGAUAGCUGCUAUGGUUCAGGGUAUGACCAGGUCAGGAAGGUGUUAUGCCCCAGAAGAACCUGUGCUCAAAGCACCACGUCACGAAAACCCUCAGAAAAGACCAAUCACCGAGGGCGAAGCUGAAAACUUCUGGAGGCAAAUGCCAGUCAAUAAUUAUUCGAUUAUUGAGCACCUGCAUAAGACUCCUGCCAGGAUAUCGGUAAUGUCCCUGCUACUCAGUUCAUCUCAACAUCGCUUAGCUUUAAUGAAAGCCUUGGAUGAAGUCCAAGUACCCGCCGGCACUACAAGUGAAACAUUGGCCGAAAUUGUGGGGUAUGUUGUGCGAGCACAUAGGCUAUCAUUUUCUGAUGAUGAAUUACCAAAGGAAGGGAAGUCCCACAAUAAAGCCCUGCACAUAACAGUCAAGUGCCGUGACAAGAUUAUUCCCCAAGUGCUGAUUGACGGAGGAGCUGGGUUGAAUGUAUGCCCUGUGACGACUCUGAAACAACUCGGGUAUGAUAUUGGCAAGAUCCGUCAGAGUCAAACCAACGUAAAAGCUUAUGAUGGCGCGACCAGUGACCCAAUUGGAGAAAUAGAUCUACACAUACAAAUGGGCCCCGUGGAGUUUGUAGUGGAGUUCGUCAUCAUGGACAUCAAAACAAGCUAUAACCUGUUGUUGGGCCAACCAUGGUUGCACGCCGCCGGGGUUGUAGCAUCUUCGUUACACCAGUAUCUCAAAUUCAUAUGGGAUGAUCAAGAAGUCGUGAUUCAUGGCAAAGGAAGUGUCCAUAACUAUCCGGAUAACUCUGUACCAGUAAUAGAGAAGUCGCUAGUUGGUGCUAAUUUUCACACUGUUAAAUUAGCCAUGAUAGGUCGUAGGGGAGAUGAUGAAGAUAUCCCGAUGCUGCUAGCCUACAAAAUCGUCGCUACAACUAUGAUAAGGAGUGGAUUUGAGCCCGGGAAAGGUCUAGGAAAGAACUUACAGGGAAUCAGAGAACCAGUGAGUAUCAAACAUGGGAAGUAUCGAUUUGGGGUUGGAUACAAGCUAUGUGAGGCAGAAGAAGAAGAAGCAGAAUAUGGGCCGAGAGAUGUCGAAGAAGAAUAUGAGAACAGACCAACGCCAAACCUAGAGGAAACAGAGGCAGUUAAUCUAGGAAAUGAAGAGUUGGUUCAGGAAACUAGAAUAAGUGUGCACUUGACAGAAGCUGAGAAAGAAGGGUAUCAGAGUCUGCUGAAGGAGUAUGAAGAUGUCUUCGCUUGGUCAUACACCGAUAUGCCGGGUUUGAGUACGAACAUUGUUGCUCAUAGGUUGCCGAUCUUUAAAGGAUUUGCCCCAGUAAAACAGAAAACCAGGCAGCCUAAGCUUGAUGUCAGCAUCUGA